AUGGCCUCCGAAGACGAAGACUACUUCCUCCCACCGGAGCAACAGAGACCCUUCAGCUCCGGUGUCCGCCGCAAACGCGUGCAGUUCGUGCGCUCCUCCGAUCUAGACACAACAACUGCCCCAACUCCCUCCUCCUCCGGCACCAGCAUCGCAGACACAUACCUUUCCAUUGUGAUGAAACAACCAGCUGCGAGUACAUCACCGAGUACACCAACUCAGCGCGCACCAUCACCACCAAUCCGCACACAGUCCGCGCCACCAGCCCAAGACAUCAUUCCCCCGCCUCCACCCACAGCGGUGCCCGCGGCCCCAGAGUACUGCGACGUGUGCAGCCUACCUCUCCCACCACAAGCCACAGCAGAUGCAACGGAUCAAAAGGCCCGCCCGCACGAAGCCUCCCUCGCGCACCAGAUCUGUCUCACUCACUCCCACCCGCCGUCGCACCUCGACCGCACGCGCUCAGGUCUCCGAUACCUGUCUACCUACGGCUGGGAUCCUGAUAGUAGGCUAGGGCUCGGCGCAUCGGGUCGUGAGGGUAUUCGUGAACCUAUCAAACCUCGCGUCAAGCAUGGUACUGCUGGGCUAGGGACUGGGCUUGAUCGGGAUGGAGAUCCGUUGCCGCCUCGACCGGCGCCGCCGGUGAAGGUGCAGAAGCUUAAUCCUAAGCAGUUGCGGAAUAAGAUUGCGGAGGAUAAGAAAAGGGCGGAGAGGAUGAGGAAGGCUUUUUAUCAGAAUGAUGAGGUACUGAAGUAUCUUGGGGAGGGGGUUUAG